GUGCACGCGUGCACAAUGAGAGGAACUGAAUGUUGCGAACAAAAAGAGAGAUAUAUCUCUGUCUCUACAUGUUGGAGCCACUUUCCACUCAUUGCUAGAGUAGGCUAUUUUCCUUCCAGGAGUAUAAGUUCUAUGGUUGGUGAGGCUGCUUUUCAUUAUGGCGGAUUCUUAGCCAAUUGUAACUGAUUGUACCAAAAUGGCAGGUCGUGAUCAAUACGAUAUUACUCCUAGAAACCGGGAAAUUCUCGAAUUUCGAGCUUCACGACGGAAUGCUUUGCGUCAAGAGUUUUUAAAAGAGACUCUGAAUCCGCACAGACAUGCAAGUGGUAUAGGAGGCGCGGUUUUCGAUCAACAACUGCAGCGGCUCUUUUCAUUGGAUGCUACACGUGCACAAUAUGUGACAGCAAAAGGAAAAAAUUUUGCGCAAUUUGCUGCUCUAACUCUAUUUCCAAUAGUAUCAAUUAUCCUUGUGAUAAACAAAGUCAGGCGUGACAAGGAGACCGAAAUACGAACAGGCAAAAUUAGCUACAGAGAUAGACACGUCAAAUUUGUAUAAAUCAUGGAAAACUUAUAUCUGUCAUAGUGAGAAUAAUAUGUAAUUAGGAAAACAUUAAUAAAGCAUAUGAAGUAUAAA